AUGGGCAGGAGCAUGUGCAAGUUAUUGUUGGUUCUUCCUGAAGAUAAUCUCGCUAUGCCUCAAAGGCAAGAUAGUGGCAACAAGGAGGAAAGAGAUGCGGAGCCAAAUAAAGCCACAAUUAUUGUUAAGGAUUCUCUUAGAUUUUUUAUACCUAAGGCACCAUACCCAGACAGACUACAAGUGCCUAAGAAGGGAGAAAAAUUUGAGGACAUCCUGGAGGUGUUCAAGCAAGUCCAAAUCAAUAUUCUAUUUUUGGAUGCCACCCAACAAGUGCCUUCUUAUGCCAAGUUCUUGAAGGACUUUAUCACGGUUAAGAGGAGAACCAAUGUCCCAAAGAAGGUGUGUUUGACUGAACAAGUAAGCUCUAUCCUUCAAUGCAAGCUGCCCAUCAAGUACAAGGACCCUGGAUGUCCUACUAUCUCUUGCAUGAUAGGAGUCAACGAAAAAGAGAAGGCAUGGCUAGAUGUUGGAGCAAGGGUCAAUCUAUUACCCUAUUCAGUCUACCUGCAAUUGGGGUUGGGAGAAUUGAAGCCUACCUCUAUGACGCUUCAAUUUGCUGACAAGUCAGUGAAGGUACCAAGGGGAAUCAUCGAGGACAUCUUGAUUAAAGUUGACAAAUUCUAUUUCCUUGUGGAUUUUAUAAUGCUAGACACAGAACCGGUUCAGAAUGUAGGGAUUCAAAUACCAGUAAUUCUAGGGCGACCAUUCUUAGCUAUGGCUAACGCCCUAAUAAUUGUAGAACAGGGGUCAUGA